AUGUCAUAUAAUAGUUCUUUAGAGAAUUUAUUAGGAUCAAAGUAUUUCACUCAACAAAACAACAAUAACAAUUCACUAAACAAUAAUGAAUAUAAGAAGAAUUCACUAGCAACCACUACUAGUUCAAUAAGUAAUACUAAUAAUUUCACCAAUCCGAAUGAUUUCAUUACAUAUAUCAUCCCUGAUUUUAAUGCUGUUAAAUACUUCCAAAAGGAUUUUGUAAGUUCAAAUGAAUUUUACUUAAUUGAAGAAAGUGAAGUAAAUGGAUUUGAAUUAUAUAUUUGUGAACAAUGGGUUAUAAAUCGAAAUAUAGGAACAAUUGUUACAGCUUAUACUGGUAAUGAACAAUCCAAAAUAUCUGUUGUAAAAUUUACAAUCAUUAAAAAACCAACUAAAUAUUAUCCUAUUAGAUUUCAAGAAUAUUUGACUGAAUUAAUUCAAAAUCAUUCAAGAAUGAAAACUGUUGAUAAAGAAAGACCUCAAUCAUCAAUUGCAAGUAGUAGAGCAAAUAGUACAAACGAUAUGGUUACUAUAGCUAGAUUAUCAAGUAAACCACCAAUGAAUGUGAAUAAAAAUAAACAAGCAGAUUUUACAAAUGAAGUUUGUUUUGUUACUAAUUUAACAUCUUUACCACCGAAUUUAAACUUAAUUCCAAUUUCUUCAGGAGAUGCAAGGACUAUAGAGGCACAAUUUGUAAUAAAUUCAGAUUUGAAAAAGUUACAAUGUACAGGUAGGUCAGUAUCACUAACGACGGACAAAAUUUCCGAUGCAAGUGAUGAUAAAUUUCGUCAAAUGUAUAAAAUAUAUAAUGUUAAAGUUCCUAUAAAAUUUGCAGUUAGAGAAUUGGUUAAUAUUAUACAAACUUGCUUGUUUUAUUUUGAUUUAUUAGAUGGAAGAUAUUGUACUGGAUUAUUAUGUGUUAAAACUGAAGAAGCUAUAAAUAAUUGGUGGAAUUUAAUAGGAUUACCUCAUUUCAAUACAAAACCAAAUUCUAGAUUUGGGAUAUUACCAGGAACUACAGUAGCAGCAAUAAUCAGUUUGAUAUUAAGUAUUCGAUUACGUUUACAGAUUGUUGGAGUUUCUGAUGUGCCUAAAGAUCCAUUUGAAUUUGAAAAUUUUAUGUUAGCAAUAGGUCAAUUUCAAAGACAAAAUAAAUUAGAAAAAACUAGAAAAUUAGAUAUGGAAACGAUGAAUAAAUUAUUUACUGUAACAAAUUCAAGAUUAAUGCCUGAAAAGGGAUCAAAUUAUUUUUAUACACCAUAUGAUUUAGAUGAAUCUCAAGAUUAUGAUCUUUUAACUUCACCGAAACCCGUUAUACCACAAAAGAGGAUGUAUGGUAAAAGAGAAUUGAAAAAAAUUACAAAUGUGAUGAAAAAUACAGUUCUGGAUCAUAUAAAUGCAGCAAGUACUCGAGAUUCAGAAGAAAUGAUUAAUAAAACUAGUGGAAGAAUAAGAAAUAAAAUUGCAAAAUUAGCAGAUACUCAAAGUCCAUUAGAUGUUGAAACUUUAGAUUUAGAUUCUUUAGUUAAAAAUUAUUUAGUUGGAAAAACAAUGACAAGAUUAUUUUUAGGUGUUCAAUCAAGUAAUGUAUUAUAUGAUGAUCAAGGAAGACUACGGAAUCAUGAAAAUAAGAAAAGUGUUGGUAAUAAUAAUGAAUCUCAUUUAUAUAAUUUUGAAAGCUUAAGAGAUAGAAUUAUUCAAAAUCAUGAUUUACAAUUAAAUACUAAAAAUUUGGGAUUUUCAAGAAGAUUUGGUUUACAAAGUAGAAAAAAUAUUGAUAAUAAAUUAGCUCCUCCAACUUUUGACGAUACUAAUCGAUCAUUGAUUGCAAGAGAUCGAUCUUUACAAUCUUCUUCAAUGGUUGAUUCGUUUUUACAAAUUGGAGAUACUGAAUCAUCAACAGAAGAAGUUCGUCGAUCAAGUAGUUUAGAUUCAACAUGUGCCGAUGUUUCUAAAAGUAAUAUAAAUCAUCCAUUAACUGAAUUCCAAAGAAAUUUAAACAGAAGAAAUUCUUGUCCAAUUUUGAUAAAUCCUGACGAAGAAAAUUUAAAUUCAUUUAUUCAUAUGAAAGAUUCUUUUACUUUCCCACCUGAAUUAGUUGAAAUUUCAAGGACAAAACCAAGAAGUAAUAGUUUUUCAAUGAUUGAAAAAAAUUUACGAUAUCAAAGUCCCUCUGUGGAAACAUUGACUAAAUUUUCACAAUUAUAUUUUAAGAACAUUGACUUAUUAAUGAGAUAUGAAAAUUUGAAAACCCAUUAUUUUGAAAGUGAACAGGAUGUAUCUAAUGUAACUAUGGCAAAAUCAUUCCAAUUAUUGAAUGUUGAUUUGAUGAAAGUUAAGAAUUUAAAACUUCAAAUGAUGUCAAAUAAACAAAAAGUAUUAGAAGAAGGAGUAAUUGAUCAUUUAAAAUUUAAUUUUAAUAAUUUGACUAGUACUGUGGAUAGAUUAAAUUAUGAAACAAGAAUAGUUUCAAAAAAGAUAAAUGAAUUAGAAGAGAAUUAUAAACUUUAUGAAGAGAAAUUAAAUUCAGAUUGUCAAAAGAAAUUAAAGAAAAUUAUUGAUUAUACAUUAAAUCUGAGGGAUUUCAAAGAUCUAUAUAACAUUGAUGAACGAAAAUCAAUUGCCUUGGAAUUAACUGGUGAUGAAAAUUAUGUCAAUAUCGGACAAGAUGAUGAAAACAUGGGACUUUUCAGAAUGAUAGUGGUGUUCUUUUAUGAACUAUUGUACACUAUUUUCAAAUUCUUUAAAUUUGAAAGAAAUCAUAUGAACCUUGAUAGAAUCAGACAAUCUUGGGUAAAAUUAGAUCCUCAUAAAUCAGUUAUCAAGAAAACUUAUUCGUAUAUUGGUAGACAACCAUCAAGUGAUAGCAUAGCUUCAAGCUCUGAUUAUAAUUAA